AUGACUACGACAGAAAAAUUUAUCGUUCGACCUGGUCGCGUUGAAGAUUGCGAUGAGGUACACAGAUUAAUCAAGGAAUUGGCCAUCUAUGAAAAGAUGGGUGAGCGGGUAGAAAUUACACCAGAAGUAUUAAAGCAACAUGGAUUUGGUGAUCACAAAUAUUUUCACGUUUUGGUUGCGGAAAUUUCAGAGUCUGAAGAUCUUGCUACAGGAACCAUUGGUGGCUACUUACUUUAUUUUUAUGGAUAUGAUCCCUGGCAAGGAAAAUACUUGUAUGUUGAAGAUUUUUAUGUUACCCCAGAAUGCAGAAAAAUUGGAAUGGGAAGUGCUCUUUGGAAAACUGUCAUCAAGACUGCUGCCAAAGAACAGUGCGAAUGGAUGGAAUGGUGUGUUCUUGACUGGAAUCAUCUGGCUAUCAACUUUUACAAACGAUAUGGUGCUGUUAAUGUAACUAAAGAAGCGGGUCAGAUCUUUCGUCUUACCUCGAAAGAAGUCGAAAACGUUUUGGCCAAGAUACAGUAA